GAGUGCACCUCUUUUCGUAGAGGUACCACCCGCAAAUCUUAUCGGGAGGCUCUGCAAGAGAGCAGCGCGAAGCGAUGGCUUCUGGGCCCGGGGGCGGACCGUACCGCGUAGCCGGAAGCGGGGGCGCGGAGGCGGGUCUGAGGUUUGGUCGCCGCGGAGCAGGUCGCGGGCAGCUGUCUGUCUUGCUCCUUUUGACAGCCCCCAGUGCGAACGGCUGCCACCAUGUCAUCGGUGAGCCCCAUCCAGAUCCCCAGCCGCCUCCCGCUGCUGCUCACCCACGAGGGCGUCCUGCUGCCCGGCUCCACCAUGCGCACCAGCGUGGACUCGGCCCGCAACCUGCAGCUGGUGCGGAACCGCCUGCUGAAGGGCACGUCGCUGCAGAGCACCAUCCUGGGCGUCAUCCCCAACACGCCUGACCCCGCCAGCGACGCGCAGGACCUGCCGCCGCUGCACAGGAUUGGCACAGCUGCACUGGCCGUUCAGGUUGUGGGCAGUAACUGGCCCAAGCCCCACUAUACUCUGUUAAUUACAGGCCUGUGCCGUUUCCAGAUUGUACAAGUCUUAAAAGAGAAGCCAUAUCCCAUUGCUGAAGUAGAGCAAUUGGACCGACUUGAGGAGUUUCCCAGCACCUGUAAAAUGAGGGAGGAGCUAGGAGAACUAUCGGAGCAGUUUUACAAAUAUGCGGUACAAUUGGUUGAAAUGUUGGAUAUGUCUGUCCCUGCAGUUGCUAAAUUGAGACGUCUUUUAGAUAGUCUUCCAAGGGAAGCUUUACCAGACAUCUUGACAUCAAUUAUCCGAACAAGCAACAAAGAGAAACUCCAGAUUUUAGAUGCUGUGAGCCUAGAGGAGCGGUUCAAGAUGACUAUACCACUGCUUGUCAGACAAAUUGAAGGCCUAAAAUUGCUUCAAAAAACCAGAAAACCCAAGCAAGAUGAUGAUAAGAGGGUUAUAGCAAUACGCCCUAUUAGGAGAAUUACACAUAUCUCAGGUACUUUAGAAGAUGAAGAUGAAGAUGAAGAUAAUGAUGACAUUGUCAUGCUAGAGAAAAAAAUACAAACAUCUAGUAUGCCAGAGCAGGCCCAUAAAGUCUGUGUCAAAGAGAUAAAGAGACUCAAAAAAAUGCCUCAGUCAAUGCCAGAAUAUGCUCUGACUAGAAAUUAUUUGGAACUUAUGGUAGAACUUCCUUGGAACAAAAGCACAACUGACCGCCUGGACAUUAGGGCAGCCCGGAUUCUUCUGGAUAAUGACCAUUAUGCCAUGGAAAAAUUGAAGAAAAGAGUGCUGGAAUACUUGGCUGUCAGACAGCUGAAAAAUAACCUGAAGGGCCCAAUCCUAUGCUUUGUUGGCCCUCCUGGGGUUGGUAAAACAAGUGUGGGAAGAUCAGUGGCCAAGACUCUAGGUCGAGAGUUCCAUAGGAUUGCACUUGGAGGAGUAUGUGAUCAGUCUGACAUUCGAGGACACAGGCGCACCUAUGUUGGCAGCAUGCCUGGUCGCAUCAUCAACGGCUUGAAGACUGUGGGAGUGAACAACCCAGUGUUCCUAUUAGAUGAGGUUGACAAACUGGGAAAAAGUCUACAGGGUGAUCCCGCAGCAGCUCUGCUCGAGGUGUUGGAUCCUGAACAAAACCAUAACUUCACGGAUCAUUAUCUAAAUGUGGCCUUUGACCUUUCUCAAGUUCUUUUUAUAGCUACCGCCAACACCACUGCCACCAUUCCAGCUGCCUUGUUGGACAGAAUGGAGAUCAUUCAGGUUCCAGGGUAUACACAGGAGGAGAAGAUAGAGAUUGCCCAUAGGCACUUGAUCCCCAAGCAGCUGGAACAACAUGGGCUGACUCCUCAGCAGAUUCAGAUCCCCCAGGUCACCACUCUUGACAUCAUCACCAGGUAUACCAGAGAGGCAGGGGUUCGUUCUCUGGAUAGAAAACUUGGGGCCAUUUGCCGAGCUGUGGCCGUGAAGGUGGCAGAAGGACAGCAUAAGGAAGCCAAGUUGGAUCGUUCUGAUGUGACUGAGAGAGAAGGUUGCAGAGAACACAUCUUAGAAGAUGAAAAACCUGAAUCUAUCAGUGACACUACUGACUUGGCUCUACCACCUGAAAUGCCGAUUUUGAUUGAUUUCCAUGCUCUGAAAGACAUCCUUGGGCCCCCGAUGUAUGAAAUGGAGGUAUCUCAGCGUUUGAGUCAGCCAGGAGUAGCAAUAGGUUUGGCUUGGACUCCCUUAGGUGGAGAAAUCAUGUUCGUGGAGGCGAGUCGAAUGGAUGGCGAGGGCCAGUUAACUCUGACCGGCCAGCUCGGGGACGUGAUGAAGGAGUCCGCCCACCUCGCUAUCAGCUGGCUGCGCAGCAACGCAAAGAAGUACCAGCUGACUAACGCUUUUGGAAGUUUUGAUCUUCUUGACAACACAGACAUCCAUCUGCACUUCCCAGCUGGAGCUGUCACAAAAGAUGGACCAUCUGCUGGAGUUACCAUAGUAACCUGUCUCGCCUCACUUUUUAGUGGGCGGCUGGUACGUUCAGAUGUAGCCAUGACUGGAGAAAUUACACUGAGAGGUCUUGUUCUUCCAGUGGGUGGAAUUAAAGACAAAGUGCUGGCGGCACACAGAGCGGGACUGAAGCAAGUCAUUAUUCCUAGGAGAAAUGAAAAAGACCUUGAGGGAAUCCCAGGCAAUGUACGACAGGAUUUAAGUUUUGUCACAGCAAGCUGCCUGGAUGAGGUUCUUAAUGCAGCUUUUGAUGGUGGCUUUACUGUCAAGACCAGACCUGGUCUGUUAAAUAGCAAACUGUAGGCCCAAAUCUCAACUUUUUAGAAUUUUAAGUUAUGAAGUGCUCAAAGGUACUGACACGGUUGAUUUUAUUCACACCAUUAGGGGUAUGCAAGAUGUCCCUGUUCCGUAAACAUAAUCACAACAGUAAUAAACCAAGUAGUGGCUAGUGUUUAGUAUAGAAACAUAAGAUGUUCAUUUAGUAAACUGAUAAAAAUCGAA